AUGAUAAAGGGCUGGCAACCCAAGAUGGCGGCCCCGAGCCGGGAGGCGGCCUGGACGCAGAUCGGAGCCAUCUCUCCACGUGACUUCUUCCCCGAGGACCGCUGGGCAAAAGACUCUCGUCCACAACAGACUGGGGAAGGCAGUCUGGUUAAUGGCCCUUCACCCCGCGGCCAGAAGGUGACAGGUCACAAGGAGGCCUCGUCUGCGGGGGCAUUCCUGCAGAGGGGCCAGGGGGCCGGCUGCCCUUGGGAGGCCGGAGCAGUGGGCUCUCCACCCAGAGACGGGGCACUUCGUUCUCGGGAUUCCAGCGAGGCUAAACGCGGAGGAGGAGGGCGGGGAGGAUGGAGGCCACGGAGCUCGCGCCUGCCCCGGAUCCACGCUGAUCAGCAUCUGCUGAUCAAGGUGUGA